AUGCCUCCAGACUCUAAACAAAGACAAAGAGAAUGUCAAAAAUGUCUUGCUCAUGGUGUCCAUGUUAGAUUCAAAGGUCACAAGUUUGGAUGUUUUUUUCGUGACUGUCAGUGUCAACGAUGUCAGGUUGUUAGUAUAAAACGCCAGAAAAACAAGUUAGUAACUGCUCAGAAAAGACGACUAGAAAUGGAUAAAGUAAAAAAAUUCGAAACAGAACAAGCAAAUGGGAAAGGAAGUGGAGAAAUCUCGGAUUCAGAAGAAAACCAGUUAAUAAUUGAUGAGAGUAGCAAUCAACAACAAAUUCAAUUAUCUGACAGAAGAGCUGUAUAUUGCCGUAGAUGUCAGAUCCAUGGCGUUAAAAAUCUGGUGCGUGGACACAAGGAUAGCUGUCCAUACAGAGGUUGUUGGUGCACAGAGUGUAGAAUAAUAAAUUCUCAGUCCUCUGUGUGUAGCCACUGUGGAUUUUAUCCACCAGUUACACCCUAUCCACGACCAUACCCACCAUCACUUAAUUGGUUGCUGCAUCAACAGAACAAUACAGCAUGUGGAGGAGGUAAUACCAGUUCAUCUAACUAUAGCAGCAAUCUUGGAUACAAAUCACAGGUAAAUUAUGUUCAACCAGCUAACCUUAGCCUGCCAUAUAAUUCUACCCCAGGAUACAUGCAGGGACCACAACAUGAUAUACCACAUUCAACUGUACCAUAUGAAACUCCAGCUAGUCAACAAGAUGGAAACUUGAGUCUGUAGUCAUGGCAACACAAGAAAGAAGGACCAAAGUUUUUUUUUAUGACAGUUUCUCUUCAUUUUCAAUUUAGCAGUUGUAUCAAAAUCUCAAAAUUGCAUCCCUAGUCAUGUAUGGCUUAAUUGAAUUGUUAGAAAUUCAAAAUCAAGGACUUUCAAGGGAUUUAAAGUACGAUAUUUGAGAAAUACAAAGUUACAAGAUACACGUACAAAAUUGAUUUGAUUAGUCUUAUGCACAUUUCAUUACUCAAAAAUAUCCUAAGACCAAUUAACUAAAAAUAAUAUGUGUAAAAUAGACAAUAGACAAUAAAACUUCAUAGACAAUUUAGAAAUUAAUACAAACACCUUAAAAAAAAUUUAAAAGUAUAUGACACAUUUACCAAUAAAAAAGAUGUAUGUAAAAAUUUAAUGAAAAAUGUUAAUAAUUAAUAAUUAGUUUACGAGAAUUAAGAUUAAAUUGGCAUAAGUGGAGAAAUAUUAUUUUGAUGUUCAGAAUGUUUCUCUAAAUGAUUUUUAUUACUGAUCAUUAGUCAAACUCAAUUCAGAGGUAAAUAAUUAUAGCUCACUCUUGAAGCAUAAUAAUGAAGCUUGCUAUUGUUGAGGGUGGGGGAAAUAUUGUUGGGAGUAUCUGUCUAACUUAUUACAUUCCAAUAUUCAAAUAUACAAAUUUCCAUAUCAGUCACAUAGAACUUUUGAAUGCCUUGAAAAAAAUUAUUUAUACUUUGCAUUAUUAUUGGCAAGCACCAGAGGAUGUGUCUUGAAUAACAUUAGAAUGCCCGUCUGCAAGUUCAAGGUGACAAACAUAUUGUUUAAAAUACAAAAGUCAGGAGGACACAUUUUUGAAUGCCUGGAAAAUUGACAUUUUUGGUGCCCACCACCAGGGAGAGUUUUGCAAAUAAGUUGGAAUUUUUGUCUGCAAGGUCCAGGUCACAAACUUCAUUUAACUUUAUAUUCCUAUAUAUUCAAAUAUACAAAGUUUUGUCUGAUUUAGUACUUUUGAAUGUCGACAUUGAUAUUAAUGAUGUUUGAUAUGAAUCAUAGUUGUCCACCACCAGUGUAUAUGGUA